GCUCUCUUUCUCCCUAAAAAAACAGAUAGAAAAGAAGGAUAUUUUAAAGAACACGGCCGAGAGGGAGGAUGUAAGGAAGAAGAUAGACUACUCUGUAAAUUGAAGAGAUCGAAAAACAUGAAAGAGAAGAAAGAGAGAUGUCAAGAGAGGGGAAUAAUUUAACAAUUCUUUUCUUACAACUUAAUCCAUGCAUAUAUGCAUCAGCCAAGGAGUCAGGCUCCAAUGGUCAUCGUCAGCCUUCCCUAUGUCACGUUUCACCCGUAGUACUUUGUCGCGCUUGCUUAUGUAUUUAAACUCAUAAGCAUGGCUUUGUGUUGUUCUACCCAGCCGCUACGGCACAAAUCAAGAACAAGCUAGAAGAUCGCCCGCAGCCCAAGUCGGUUCCCUGAGAACAUGGAGAUCAUGGAGACCCCAAAUGGGCGCACCGCCGCAAAGAAACCUCUCCUGCUGCUAAGCUGCGCCAUGCUGGCGCUCGGCAGCUGCGGCGGUCCCCUAAUAAUGCGGCUCUACUUCCUCCGCGGCGGCAAUCGCAUAUGGCUCUCCAGCUGGCUCGAAACCGCCGGCUGGCCCAUCAUCCUUCCCGCCCUCGCCGUCAUCUUCAUGCAGCGCCGCCGUGCAGCUGACGGCUCCUCCGCCGGGUUCUUUCUCAUGAAACCUCGCUUAUUCGUCGCCUCCGCCGUCCUCGGCGUCCUCACCGGCCUCGAUGACUACCUGUAUGCGUAUGGCGUGGCGCGUCUUCCGGUGUCCACCUCGUCGCUGAUCAUAGCCACCCAGCUGGCCUUCACGGCCGGGUUCGCCUUCCUUCUGGUGAGGCAACGGUUCACCUCGUAUUCGAUAAACGCCGUCGUUUUACUGACGAUCGGAACUGCUGUUUUGGGGAUCCAUUCGAGCGGCGACCGUCCUAAGAACGAGUCGAACAAGGAGUAUUAUUUGGGGUUCUUUAUGACGCUGGCGGCGGCAGCGCUCUAUGGGUUGGUUUUGCCCGUGGUGGAAUUAACGUACAAGAAGGCACGGCAGGCCAUUACCUAUUCACUGGUGCUGGAGAUGCAGAUGGUGAUCGCUUUCUUUGCUACUCUCUUCUGCACCAUAGGCAUGCUGGUCAACCAUGACUUUCAGCCGCUACGGCACAAAUCAAGAACAAGCUAGAAGAUCGCCCGCAGCCCAAGUCGGUUCCCUGAGAUCAUGGAGAUCAUGGAGACCCCAAAUGGGCGCACCGCCGCAAAGAAACCUCUCCUGCUGCUAAGCUGCGCCAUGCUGGCGCUCGGCAACUGCUGCGGUCCCCUAGUGAUGCGGCUCUACUUCCUCCGCGGCGGCAAUCACAUAUGGCUCUCCAGCUGGCUCGAAACCGCCGACUGGCCCAUCAUCCUUCCCGCCCUCGCCGUCAUCUUCAUGCAGCGCCGCCGUGCAGCUGACGGCUCCUCCGCCAGGUUCUUUCUCAUGAAACCUCGCUUAUUCGUCGCCUCCGCCGUCCUCGGCGUCCUCACCGGCCUCGAUGACUACCUGUAUGCGUAUGUGUCACGGGCUAAGCUUGUUCAGGGCAUUAUGCUUGCCUAUGACCGCUUAUCUCGUGUGUUUGGGAUGAGUUUCCAUCAUGUAAAUACUAGUGUAGGGUUAUUUUCUAGUAUUUAUUUCAUUGUAAGCCAAAUAAGGCAGUAUGACUCCUCGGUCACUUUGAUGUUUCCUAGUGCUAGAGUGAGAAUGGCCUAGAAAGCUCUUUAGGGGAGGGUGAGUGUUCAUCAAUCAUUGUAAAACUCACUAGCAAUUGUCAACGUGCUUAGCCUAC